AAAUGGAAUCAUCAAGUUAUAUAUUGAAGGAGGGAGAUCGAUUUUAUGAUCUUAAGAAGUGGUUUGCUGCUGAUUGUUAUUGGAAAGGCGAUCGAAAAUUUAAGAAAACAAUUUCAGAGUUUUUGUGUGGAACUCAAAUGGAACAGUUAAAGAAUGGUGUGUUUGGGAAAUUUUUAGAGUUGGAUGACGUGGGUCACUCUGGGAAGUUGACUCAUUGUAUGUUGCUUUCUCAAGUUUUUUACAAGGAUAAAAGCAAAAUGGUUUUUAGAGUUUUUGAUAACGACGUAGCUUUUACAGAAGAUGAUUUCCAUUCUAUAACCGGAUUGAAGAUUGAGGCAUCUGAUUAUAGUUUUGUUGAUGAUAGAGAUAACCGUUUGAAGAAACGGUAUUUCUCUGAUGUGCCAAAAGGUUUGAAGGUAGAACAUUUGUAUAAAUUUAUCACAAAGCGUUCUCGACUCCGUGAUGGUGCAGCAGAUGAUAUAUGUGAUGAUGUCGAGGUCUGUGAUGAAGAUGCUGUAAAGCUUGCUGAGAUAUACAUAUUAGAAACUGUUCUUUUGGGUAAAGACAUUAAAAGAAAUAUAAGUGAACGUAAUAUGAAAAUCAUAGACGAUCCAGAACUUUGUUCUUCUUUUCCAUGGGGGAGUUACUGCUUUCAAGAACUUAUUGACAAUUUGUCUCAUCUUCUGAAAACAGAAUCUGUGAAAGACAAACCUAUUGGUAGGAUCGCAUCUUAUACGUCACUUGGAUUCCCCUUCUUGUUUAAUGUAUGGAUUAUGGAAGUGUUCAAUGAUUUCCGUCAAUAUUCAAUAUAUGAGGAUCGGGGGCCAAUAAGGAUGUUGUCUUACUCAAGCAUUGGAUGUCCAAAAUAUGACUCACUUUGCGAUGAUUUCUUUAAGAAAACAACUAAAUAUAAGCUUUUCAAGGUGAAUCAAUCAUAUCUUCUCCAAUCUUCAUCAAAAGUUAAUGUUAGCGACAUUGUCAAUGAAUGA